AGCGGGGCUGGGCGGGGGCCCCCUCGGCUAGCGGUCGGGGCGCCCGGCUCGCCGCCGGGCCAUGGAGGGGGACGCCUCAGAGCCCCGGGCCGCCCCACUCCGGCUGGGCUUCCUGCGCUGACCAGCGAUCCGAUCCCGUACCUCCCGUUCGGUCCAUGCUGGAGCUCUUUUGCGAUUCUGGGACUCCAUCAUGGUCACCUCUGUUGAUGAGCUCUGCACUCACCUGCAGGCUUUUCUGAACAAGGCUGAUUUGCUGUGGGACUUGAGGCCUGCUUUUCAGAGGCGGUAGGCACAACUCAAUAUGAAUGAGGAAGUGGAUUCCAAUUCUUCACUCAGUUGGCCUCAGAUGCUGAGUUUCAAUGGGACAUACAAGCAUCCAUACCCAGACCACAACAUUUCUUAUGUGGACUUCUACCUUCAUCAGCCAGCAGUGGCAGCCAUCUUCAUCAUCUCCUACCUCCUCAUCUUCCUCCUGUGUAUGCUUGGCAAUGGAGUGGUUUGCUUCAUUGUUCUGAGGAGCAAGCACAUGCGCACAGUCACAAACCUCUUCAUCUUGAAUCUGGCUGUCAGUGACUUACUGGUGGGGAUAUUCUGCAUGCCCACCACUCUCCUGGAUAACAUCGUAACAGGAUGGCCCUUUGGGAGCAUGGUCUGCAAAAUGAGUGGGAUGGUCCAGGGAAUCUCUGUCUCAGCCUCCGUUUUCACUUUGGUUGCAAUUGCAGUUGACAGGUUCCGAUGCAUUGUUUACCCAUUUAAGCAGAAGCUCACCAUAUCAACUGCGGUUGUCAUUCUAGCAGUCAUCUGGGUUCUGGCUAUUGCCAUCAUGUGUCCGUCUGCAGUCAUGUUGCAGGUACAAGAGGAAAAGUAUUUCAGGGUGAUCCUUGGCUAUGGCAAUCAAACCAACCCUAUAUACUGGUGCCGGGAGGACUGGCCCAACCAGGAAAUGAGAAAGAUCUAUACAACGGUGCUGUUUACCAACAUCUAUCUGGCUCCCCUUUCACUCAUCGUCAUUAUGUAUGCCAGGAUAGGGAUCACUCUCUUCAACAAAGCGGCACCUGUACGGGGAAAACAGAGCCAGGAGCAGCGCCACUCCGUGUCCAAGAAGAAGCAGAAGGUGAUCAAAAUGCUCAUCGUUGUGGCUUUGCUUUUCAUCCUGUCCUGGCUCCCCUUGUGGACUUUGAUGAUGCUCUCAGACUAUGCCAAUCUGACAGCGGUCCAACUGCAGAUCAUCAACAUUUACAUCUACCCCUUCGCUCACUGGCUGGCCUUUUUCAACAGCAGCAUCAACCCGAUCAUCUAUGGCUUCUUCAAUGAGAACUUUCGCCGAGGCUUCCAGGCAGCCUUUAAGCUUCAGCUCUGCUCCGGGGAAAUGAUGCGCAGGGAGUUCUACUCCCAGCGGGGCCAAAGCAAUGCCAUAUUACCGGCAACCACCCACCAGCUGCUGGAGGACCAACCUUCUCAGAAUGCCAAGGAUGAGGGGAAACCAAUUCAGAGAGGGAACUGGAUGAAUAACCAGCACGACUUGAUGAUGGAAGACCUAGAAAAGGCAACCAAUGACAACAGAGUAAAAUGAAAUUUGCUGUGAACUGGUUUAUUCCAACUUCCCUUGGCAGAGUCUGAUGUGGUGUGAGGUUCACACGAUUUAAGCCCUCAUUGGCAAAAACAAAACAAAACACAUCUUAAGAAGUUACUAUUGUAAAGUAUGUAUAACUUGUAUAAUAUCUGGUUGCUUGGACUAGAUAUGAGGCCUAAUUCUGCCCCCCUUUAUACCAAUGUAAAUCAGGAACAACUCCAAUAUAAGUAUAAGUGAGAGCGGAUUGAAGACCACUGAUUUAAAUGGAGAUGCUCCUGAUUUACAUUUGGGGAGUAGAAUCAAGCCUGUAUUAUUUUAGUUUUACACUGUUCUCAGAAUAGGUGAAACAGGGUUGCAUAAAGUUUUGUUAGAGAAAUGUUACAGCAUGUAAUGCUAUUAUUAAUCCAUACAACAGUUUUGUCAGAGUAGAAUCGGAAGAGGUUAUUGAUUUAUUUAAUAUCCACUUAGACUUUGGGGUUUGGACUGGGUGCAAAUCGUGGAAUGAUUCUGCUGGAACAUUUUCAUUAUUUUUUCAUUAGCCAAUUUUGGACACGAUCAAAAUUUUAUUUUGCAGAUUAGGAUGGUGGUUUAUGAGACUAAUGAAAAAUCCUCAAUUUUUAAUUGAACAGUGCCCGUUUUACAAAGUCAGGAUAAUCGAACACACCCUCAUUUUUACAAGUUAGCUGUUAAAUUCACUUCAUUUAUUAAUAGCCCGUCCCAGUAUCAUUGUUUUAUAUUUAUGGAUCAGACAUAUUAGCCUGUUCCUGAUAUCAUUCAUUCUGCUAUGUUACCAUUACCAUUAACUCAAAUGUUAGAGAUUUGCUUAAUAGAUCAGCAUUAAUGUUUUAAUAUCUCUGAAUGUAGAAUAUUGUGCCACCCAGCUUCCAGGCAAAUGUGUAAUUUGUCUUCACAGUGCUUCUGGCCUGGAGAUGUUGUAUGCUGUCUGUUUUUUUAAUAUAUCUGCUUGUUUGAA